UGCCCCCGGUAAGAUGGUCCGGUUGCUUCCAUUUCCAGGUCCUCGGGACAGACGGGCCGGAAAUUGAAUUGUUCAGUUCGAUUCGAUGUAAUGGUAUUCAUGGAAGUGAACUUUCAUCCUGAACUGUCGCUCUGUAUCACCUUUCUCGCGGCACGGUACUGCUCGCGGAGUUUUGUUUCGAUUUGGUCGAUGUGGCUUUCUUUUUUUAUUCCAAAGUCUUCUAAACUUCCACCCUCCCAUUUGUCGCAUGGAACCUUGGCGCAGUGAUUUCAAAGGCAGCCCACGCCGUUAAAGACACGACGGGAAAAUGUGACAAGUCUGAAGCUGGAACGAGAGCGGCUCUCCAUGCUCAUUGCGUACCGAUGGGGAAACGGUGCCGGUUGCCGUCGAGUCACGUUGUGUGUCAAACUGGGAAAUAAAUUCCGAACGCGUAUCGAAAACAAGUGGCACCUUCGGCGCCCGUGGGUCGUCGUGAUGGCAGCUUCAUUUUGUGGUGACAGUUGAAAUUGUUUCCGUCGGUUUGUUGGCUUUUGCCGGUGGCCACAAGCUACCGUGUCUCGUGAGGCUGUUAUCGAUAAACCAAAGCACAAACCAGCACACCCCGAACUGGCGGACCCUGUUGCUGUGCGUUGUUGGGCAAUAAAGUUAUCCCGGUAACGAUACGACCACAUAUGCACAGCUAUACAGAAGCGGGUACACGUAUAUGGCGUGUAUAUAUGGGCAAACGUUUGCAAACGUUUGGCAAGCGUUAGGGAAUGGAGUAUGAUUGAAAUGUCAAUACCAAACUGGACGACGUUGUGGAUGAGGACACAGUGCAACUAUUUGCGCAGUUGUUGCUGUUUCAACAGAGCAGAUGCGCGGCUAGUGGAAGACAAGGGCAGUAUGGUCUGGCUGACAGCUUAUCGAAGGUUGGUACACUGCUCGAGUCUGCUAGUGCGAUGUGAGUACGAGCUUUGACCGGAAGCUAGCAGGAUACCUCCGCAUCAUCGCCAAUAGUGUGUCGUUCGAAUCCCCCAGGAAAUGAGUUUCGGGACGGUCUGGGUAGCGGCAGCACUUGCUCUAGGAUUGACGGUGUUGCCACAAGUGACAGGUGUCAAACACGUCGACAUAUUUCAGCAAUUUAACGAUGGAAGCUUCGAGGCAAGUCAAAAAUCAUCGGACGGAUCGCCAGACCCUUUGGACGAGGAAGACAUCCGCACGGAACAGCCGACGAGCUGCGUCGAGGAGGUGCUGCCGACCGACCCGCUAGAGCUGCACGAAAAGCUGGAAAACGAAACGGACAUUCCGCGUAUGGUGGUGCAAAACAUCUCCCGACCGAAUCUGGGCGAGUUGUUCCAAAAGCUCACCACGGGCUUCUUCAGCCUGAACCUCUUCCAGAUCGGCCAACACGUCCGCGGCGUCCUGGUCAGCAUCAAGAGCCGCAUGAUGGCGUACACCAACGAUGCCGUUGCCAAAUUCGAGCACCUACGCCACCGGACGAUGCGUGCGGUAAAGCGCAAGAUGGACGAGCUUAACGAACAAAUCCGCACCUACUUCCAGAACGAGUUCGUGGAGUACCGGGACGUGUGCCUUCCGGACAAGGACCACUGCAUGAAACUGCUGCACGCCCAGAUUGACCAGUACGAGCAGCGGUUGCGCACGAACGUGGAAGAAUGUCACGACAAGCUGGCGGACCACUUGGCCGAGCAGCGGCGCGAAAUAGACGCAGCACAACAGCUGAUGGGCGAACCGUACCGUAAGAUGGACGGUUGCCUGAACCGGGAUGCCGGUUUUGGGCGCAGCUUCUUGGCCUGCAGUGGCAGCGCCGUGGCGAAUCUGGCCCAGCUAACCACGGCAUCGAUGCAAUCGUUCGCCGACAGGAUGACCUUCCUGUCCAGCAAGUUUACGAGGCGUGUGGACAAGUUUGAAAAGUGCGUCGUGAAGAGACGGCAGCUGAUGAAGCAAAACGAACGUGAGGUGGUGGAGAAGUCGAAAAGUUGCUUCAAGAAACAACAGUCUCAACCGGAAGCUUUCUUCUGACCGUGCAGCGUAUGGAAUACGAUGAUAAACACGCACACGAAUAAAGCUGUGAGACGACAUUAGGUACAAUUUCCGAAAGCAAUCUACAUCUUGAAAGGAAAUAUUCACUAUUCAAUUCGAGGCUUAUCGGAACACGCGUUUCCUGUGCCAUAUAAACAUCAAGUUCGUCCGUUCAUUCGUGUGUAUCAAUAAGAAGCCAUCGUAAGUAUGCAACACGUGAGC